GGCUUUCUGCAGCCUUCUUCGCCCUUCCUUCUCUCUCCCCGUGCUCGAAAAUGGAUGCCGUUCUGAAGAGGGAGGCAUUCCGUCAAGCUGUCGUUAACACCCUCGAGCGCCGUCUAUUUUACAUCCCUUCGUUCAAGAUCUACGGCGGCGUCGCCGGGCUUUACGAUUAUGGCCCCCCUGGCUGCGCCGUCAAGGCUAACGUCCUCGCUUUCUGGCGUCAGCAUUUUGUUCGUGAAGAGAACAUGUUAGAAGUCGAUUGCCCGUGUGUUACCCCAGAGACUGUGCUGAAGGCAUCGGGUCAUGUCGACAAGUUCACUGACCUUAUGGUUAAAGACGAAAAAACCGGAAACUGCUUUCGAGCCGAUCAUUUGGUCAAGGACUUUUGCAAAGAGAAGCUCGAGAAAGAUCCUAAACUUAGUGCCGAGAAAGUAGCAGAGUUGAAGCAUGUUCUUGCUGUGUUGGAUGACCUCUCUGUUGAUGAGCUCGGUGCAAAGAUCAAAGGAUAUGGAAUCACUGCUCCAGAUACAAAGAACACUCUUUCUGAUCCAUAUCCUUUCAAUCUUAUGUUUCAGACAUCAAUUGGGCCGUCUGGAUUAAGCCCCGGAUUCAUGCGCCCUGAAACAGCUCAAGGUAUCUUUGUUAACUUCAAGGACUUAUACUACUACAAUGGGAACAAGCUCCCGUUUGCAGCCGCGCAGAUUGGCCAAGCUUUCAGAAAUGAGAUCUCACCACGACAAGGUCUCCUAAGAGUCCGUGAAUUUACCCUGGCUGAGAUUGAGCACUUUGUGGAUCCUGAGGACAAGUCCCAUCCUAAAUUUUCUGAAGUUUCAAAGUUGGAUAUUUUGAUGUUCCCAAGAGAAGACCAGGUGUCCGGAAAGCAAGCAAAGAGAAUACCAAUUGGAGAAGCAGUUUCUAAGGGUACUGUCAAUAAUGAAACACUCGGCUAUUUCAUCGGGCGAGUGUACUUGUUUCUAACUCAACUUGGAAUUGAUAAAGAUCGUCUAAGGUUCCGCCAGCAUCUGGCAAAAGAGAUGGCACACUAUGCUGCAGACUGUUGGGAUGCUGAAAUUGAAUGCUCUCAUGGCUGGAUUGAGUGUGUUGGUAUUGCUGAUAGGUCAGCGUAUGAUCUGCGUGCGCACACAGAGAAGAGUGGUACUGCCCUGGUAGCACAUGAAAAAUAUGCAGAACCUAUAGAAGUGGAGAAACUUGUAAUAACUCCAGUAAAGAAGGAAUUGGGUCUCGCUUUCAAGGGUAAUCAAAAGAUGGUGGUUGAAGCAUUAGAGGCUAUGGAAGAAAAGGAAGCCAUGGAGAUGAAAGCGGCUUUAGAAUCGAAAGGAGAGGCAGAGUUCAACGUUUGUACUCUCAAGAAAGUGGUGACUAUAAAGAAAAAUAUGGUCUCAAUCUCAAAGGAGAUGAAAAAGGAACAUCAAAGGGUUUUCACACCAUCAGUGAUUGAGCCAUCGUUUGGUAUAGGGAGAAUUAUAUACUGUCUCUACGAGCACUCAUUCUAUACGAGGGCUAGUAAAGAUGGGGAUGAACAAUUGAACGUUUUCCGUUUCCCUUCACUGGUGGCUCCAAUCAAGUGUACAGUAUUCCCUCUGGUUCAGAAUCAGCAAUUCGAAGAAGUUGCCAAGAAAAUUGCUAAGGCGUUGACUGCUGUUGGGAUUUCGUAUAAGAUUGAUAUAACUGGUACCUCAAUAGGCAAGAGAUAUGCAAGAACCGAUGAGCUCGGAGUUCCUCUUGCUGUGACAGUUGAUUCGGCAACCUCGGUCACUGUUCGAGAAAGAGACAGCAAGCAGCAGAUUCGUGUCAACGUUGAUGACGUGGCGGCUCUGGUCAAAGAUGUAACUGAUGGUGUCAGCACAUGGGCUGAUGUUCUCUGGAAAUAUCCCACACAUUCCUCUUGAUCACUGGGAUUUUGGAUUUGUGCUUACGAUACAGUUUUUCUUUUUCCGUUUAAUUUCCGUUAAUCAACUUGUUUUAUACAUUUACGCAGGAUAGACAAGCUGUAUUCAUCGACAAGAAGUACUAUGUUCUUGGUGAGCACUUGUGGUUCUGUUAUUUUUGGAUGCGUUAAUUUUGACCUUUUUUUAGUGUUAUAUCGAGACUUUAUAUAUGUCGUUAUUUAACUUAAAUUCGGUUCAAUGGGUUGUUUUG